AGAGCAAAAGAGAGACAGCGCACACGAUUAGAAAGGAGGAUAUAAACAGAGAGAACAACAGCCGAGUUUAUGGACACCUUUUGACCAUGACGAGGCUCAGUUGCGAUUUCAAACUCGGUGAAAAUACUUCUGAAGUGUGAAAGUGAAUAAAGAGCCACGAUGAAGAGAAGUUCACUUGACGAGUUCUGUGAUAUGCUCGAUACCUAUGGCGGGCGUGACAAGGUAAUCAGAACACUAUGUUACACCACCAAGCUCGCCUGUGGCCUGUACGAGAGUGCCAAUCCCGAUUUCUCCAAGAAAUUGGGCAUCUUCAGCUCAAAAAUGAGUGCCACCAGGGCCACACUGAGACUCCUGGAUGACUGGCCAAUGUUCCAGCACACGCUGAGAUACGGCUUGGGUCACAAGGAGCCGGACAAGGCUAUGGCUGUGAUGGGACUACUUGCCAAUAUUGUCGACAACAUCUACUAUCCAGUGGAGAAGGUGUGCUGGCUGGCUGAGCAUAGAGUCAUUAGUGUAAGGAAUCCCAGCAAAUGGGACACGGCAAGCUCUAUUUGCUGGGUGCUGUCGAUUUUCCUGAACCUGCUCAGGAUUCUGAGAAACGUGACACUCAUGGAACAAUACAGCAAAACCCUUGAUAAGGCCGCCAACAAUAGCAACAGAGAAGAGAGACGAAAAUUGCUGUGGAAGCAGCAGCAGGAGCUCCUCUCGGUGGUUCGACUCAGUUUGGACCUCACGCAAGCCGUCAGCACCCUACCAAAAGGGUGGCUUUGGGGUGGGAACUUGUCAACCCUCCACAUAGGCUUCAUAGGCACUCUCUCGUCCUUCAUUGGGCUGUACCAAUAUUUUGCGAAGAAGCACGGACCAGCGUAAAUUGGCGACAGCUUCAUACACUCGAAGAAAUAUCUGGCACACGCCAAAAGGGGAUGAGGGGGAGUGAGAAUAUUCCAAACAGUAUCAACACACAGGGGGAGGUCAAACACUGA